UCCUUAUUUUCAGACUCUAGAUGGCGGUAAUGCGCUGUUAUGGCAGAUAAUAGCUGCCGGGUCUAAAGCGGAAGAAGAAGAACUGUGUCUGAUGACAGCAGUCAACAUGGCGUUCAGUUUUGGCGGCGCCACGAGUAACCCAGCUGCAAGCACGUCCGGAUUUUCAUUCGGUUCAUUUGGUGCCAAAACCACAGCAUCAUCAGCAACAUUUGGGUUUGGGGCCGCAGCCCCCACCACAACCACCACCGCCUCAUCCGGAUUCGGCACUCUUACUGCCCCUGGUUUUGGGGCUGCCACCACCACUGCUGCUGCACCAGCCACAGGAUUUAGUUUUGGCUCCACCAACACUGGAUUUGGGGGGCUGGGAGCUGGAAGCACCACGGCUGGCGCAUUUGGUGGCUUUGGGACAACUACAACAACUGCUGCUGCGCCGGGUUCCACUUUUAGCUUUGCUGCUCCCACCAACACCACAGGAGGCUUGUUUGGUAACACGCAGAACAAAGGGUUUGGGUUCUCCUCUGGGCUUGGCGCUGGGACCACUGCUGGGACAACAGGAUUUGGAACUGGAUUAGGAACAACUGGCCUGGGUGGGUUUGGAGGCUUUAACAUCCAGCAGACUCAGCAGCAGCCAGGAGGCUUGUUCGGCCAGCAGGCCCAGCAACAGGGUCAGGCUCAGCACACCCAGCUUUACCAGCAGGUCACUGCUCUGUCAGCUCCCACCUUGUUAGGAGACGAGCGUGACUCCAUCUUAGCCAAAUGGAACCAGUUACAGGCUUACUGGGGCACUGGGAAGGGCUACUACAGCAACAACAGCCAACCUGUUGACUUCACCCAGGAAAACCCAUUCUGCAGGUUCAAGGCGGUGGGCUAUAGCUGCGUCCCAGUGAGUAAAGAUGAAGAUGGUUUAGUGGUCUUACUCUUUAAUAAAAAGGAAGCUGAUGUGAGAGCUCAGCAGCAGCAACUGGUGGAGUCCCUCCACAAGGUCCUGGGAAGCAACCAGACACUCACUGUCAACGUAGACGGUGUCAAAGCCCUGCCUAGUGACCAGACAGAGGUUAUCAUUUAUGUGGUAGAGCGUUCCCCUAAUGGCACCUCCAAGCGGAUCCCUGCCUCCACACUCUUCAGUUACCUCGAGCAGGCCAACAUCAAGGUCCAGCUCACACAAAUCGGAGUGGCCAUGUCUGUCGCGCGCACAGAGCUGUCUCCAACACAGCUCAAACAGCUGCUGCAAAAUGCACCUGCAGGAGUGGACCCCAUCAUUUGGGAGCAGGCUAAGGUGGACAACCCUGACCCAGAGAAAUUAAUACCAGUGCCCAUGGUGGGUUUUAAGGAGCUGCUUCACCGACUGCAGAUCCAGGAGCAGAUGACCAAACAGCACCAAACCAGAGUGGAUAUUAUCUCCAGUGACAUCAGUGAACUGCAGAAGAACCAGGCGACCACAGUGGCCAAGAUUGCCCAGUACAAGAGGAAGCUGAUGGAUCUCUCUCACAGGGUGCUGCAGGUGCUGAUCAAACAGGAGAUUCAAAGGAAAAGUGGUUAUGCUAUCCAAGUGGAUGAGGAGCACCUCCGGGUGCAGCUGGACACCAUUCAGUCUGAACUAAAUGCCCCCACACAGUUCAAGGGUCGGUUGAAUGAACUAAUGUCCCAAAUCCGGAUGCAGAAUCACUUUGGAGCUGUGAGAUCAGAAGAGCGCUACAGUGUUGAUGCAGACCUUCUCAGGGAAAUCAAACAACACUUGAAACAGCAGCAGGAUGGUUUAAGUCACUUGAUCAGCGUCAUCAAAGAUGACUUGGAAGACAUCAAACUCAUAGAGCACGGGCUGAGUGACAGUGGACACAUGAGAGGAGGCAUCCUGAGCUGAGUCCACCCUACCAACACACACAUACAUAUGCUCUCAGUCCUCUGAAAAGUGGAUUGGCUGUCAAUUAAUCUUGAAGCAAUUUUUUGCCUUCAGGUUUGAUCAUAGCGGGGCAUCUGAAUUUGGAGACUUCUCUUUUAUUUGUCACAAUUUUGGCUGGUUUACCAGGACUCUGCCCCGUUGUCUGUACCAACAAAACAAUGACUGGUUAAUCUGUGCUUUCCGCACUGAUGUAGAGCGCUUGAUGGAAAGACUCAUCAUCGUCUAAUAAUAGCUGGCUUUCCUUAUGUUAAAUCAGAUUAUGGAUAUAAGACUAUGAUUGUGACUGACAUGUAAACAAGUUGUGGGAUUGAGUGUGUGUUGG